AUGUUUCCAUACACUGUUAAACUCUGUCAAGAAUUGAUUUUUAUCUUCAAGGGUGAAGUUUUUGUACGAAGCCUCCCACUUAGUCGUUUUUACGCAUCGGCCCUCCCUUACUUAUUUUCAAUUUCUUUCCUAAGAAUGGCAAUGCAAAAUGAUCCGGAGCAGAUUACUGUACGUAAUGCUGCACCUUGUUUGCCGGGUUCUGUGUUGAUGCCACUGCUGACAGGUCCUGUUCAGGAUGAUAUUGUUAAUCCUAAAUUUGCAAGCGGCUCGCAGGAUGCCGAAGUUAAGCAUUGUUUCAGAACCUCUCGCCCGCUGAAAGCAAGAAGUAAUGGUCGGUUUGGGUUUUGUUACCUUGAUUGUCUUGUUUGCGGAUGUUUGCCAAAGAGCAGCAAAGACCUCUCCGAUGCCUCGCUAUCAGUGAACGACCAAGUUCGCCAGUAUAAAGUCCCAGUGAGUGGUAGCGUGUUGCCAUCUUCUGGGUCACGUAAUAAUAAUAUGCCGCCGGAAUCGUCCUCGAAUGGCGCUCAUGGUGGGCGGGAAACUACUAAUUCCCUAGAUGAUGAGAAGUCCCACUCUCUUUUGUUUUGGUCUCCAUUCUCGAAGUUGAGAUGUUACAUAGCCAAACGGCGCCGAAGAAAUGGAGCAAAUAACCUAGACAGUGUGGCGGAGGUGUUGGAGUUGUCAAACAAGGAUGCGUCUGAUAGCUCAAAACCGCUUCAAGUAGAGAAUAAUUCAAUGGAACAGCGUCAAACCCUUCUUGGUCCACAAAAAGAAACGGAUCGGGGCAAGAAGUGUUUUAUCAUUGACCUCGAUGAAACGCUUGUUCACAGCUCCUUCAAGGCCGUAGACAAAGCAGAUUUCAAGGUGGGAGUUGAAAUUGACAAUGUGGUGCACCAAGUGUACGUACUCAAGCGGCCACAUGUGGACGAAUUCCUCCGAGCCAUGGCUAAUAUCUACGAGUGUGUACUGUUCACCGCAAGUCUUUCCAAGUAUGCCGACCCGGUGGCUGACUUUUUGGACAAAUGGCACGUUUUUCGCUACCGUCUGUUUCGGGAGGCUUGCGUUUACCACCAAGGCAACUACGUAAAGGACCUCUCCCAGUUGGGUCGGCCUAUUGAGCAGGUCGUCAUCCUCGACAACUCCCCCGCAUCGUACAUGUUUCAUGAGACCAACGCACCUACUAUUUAUUACGUAUAUGAUCUGUCGCAGGUGCAUAUAACCUCGUGGUUUGACGACAAAUCGGAUAAGGCGCUGCUAGAAUUGAUCCCCUACUUCCAACGCCUAGCAGAGGGUGACCCUGGCAAUGUGGUAGAGUUUCUGCGGGAUAACCCACCUCCUGCACGGUACGCGGCAGUGGGCUCUAGUAAUGCGGACGUUCUUGGCUCCGCUGUGAGUUCAUCGACAAUCCUCGUGCGGCAGCCCUCCGAACCGAGCUCCAGCAACAGUCCUUUCUCCUCGUCUCCCCUUCCUCCCUGCACUUCUGUUUCGCUUUCCCUUCGCGGCAAGGUCCUCCCCUCUGACUCCAACCCGAUCACUAGCGUUACCAUCCCCACUGACACCGAUUCCAUCAAUGGUAGCAAGUAG